AUGUCAUCCGAACAAGACCACGUUCACAAUGAGGCCACAGGAAUGGAUCCCUACCUCGUCGGCCAAGCACAGGAAGCUGCGGCUCGUGAGCUGUCGCUUCCCUUCAAAACGGCCGUCCGCAACUACUACCCGGGCAUGUUCUGGAGCUGCAUGCUAAGCCUUGCCCUUGUCAUGGAGGGAUAUGACGUCGGAAUGAUUAAUUCAUUUUUUGGCCACACAGCGUUCAAGGAGAAGUUUGGCGUGCUUAACAAGGAUGGCGUCAAGGAGGUGCCUGCCAAUUGGCAGAGUGCUCUGGGCAAUGUUUCCAAUGUUGGCGUGGUAAUUGGUCUUCUUAUCAACGGCUACUGCCAGCAUCGUUUCGGCUCCAAGAAGGUCUACUUGGGCACCAUGGUGGUCAUGGUGGGGGCAGUUUUCCUCCCUGUGUUCGCGACAGGCCUUCCGAUGCUCACCGCCGGUGUCUUCAUCUGCGGGAUUCCGUGGGGCGUCUUUCAGACGCUGACCACCGCAUACGCGGCCGAAAUCUGUCCCCUCCCGCUCCGUGCCCACCUGACGUCUUUUGUCAACAUCUGUUGGGCGAUGGGUCUGUUCAUCAGCUCAGGCGUCGUUCGUGCCACUCUGCAAAUCAACUCUGUGUGGGGAUGGAGGCUUCCAUAUGUGCUUCAGUGGAUUUGGCCAGUUCCGUUGUUUAUCUGUUGCCUUUUUGCCCCGGAAUCGCCGUGGUAUCUCACUAGGGAAGGCAAGACCGAAGAGGCCAAGCGGGCCCUUCGCAAGACUGCUCGCAAUGGAUACUACACCGAAGACGAGCUCGAUGCCCAAGUGGCCCUUAUGCAGCACACCCACGCUCUUGAAAGGCAGGAGAACGCCAACAGCAGCAUCAUGAACUGCUUCAGAGGUACCAACCUCCGCCGCACCGAGAUUUGCUGCGUCGUCUGGCUCAUUCAGCAGUCAUGUGGCCAGCCUCUCACAUCAUACGCCACCGAGUUCCUCCAAGAAGUCGGCAUGUCCACCGAUCAGGCGUUCGACCUCAACAUCUCGUCCAAUGGUAUGCUUGUCUUCGGCACAAUCCUGACCUGGGUCUUCAUGGAGAAGGUCGGACGUCGCCCUAUCUAUCUCUGGGGCCAGGUCAUUAUGGCCUUUGUUCUCCUGGCCAUGGGCAUCUUGGGAUGUUUUCGUAGUCAUAACAGCACCUCCUACGGUGUUGGAGCGCUCCUGGUCCUCAUCAACUUCACGUUUGCGUGCACCCUCGGCCCCUCGUGCUACACCAUCGUCGGCGAACUGCCCGCCUCGGAGGUUCGUGGCCCGACCGUGGUCCUUGCCCGUGGCGUCUAUGUGAUCGGCGGCAUCAUUACCGGCCAGCUCACUCCUCGCAUGGUCACUGCCGGAGAGUGGAACUGGGGUGCCAAGGGCGCCUUCCUCUACCUUGGGACCAACCUUCUCGGCCUGGUCUACUGCUACUUCCGUCUGCCCGAGACCAAAGGGCGUAGUUUUGGCCAGCUUGACGUGCUCUUCCACAAUCACGUUCCGGCACGCAAGUUUGCCUCUACUGUUGUAGAGCAGUUUGAGGAAGAGGCCCAGGACCCCAAGGAGAAGGCGGACGAGUAA